AUGAAGUAUUUGUCCAUUUUCUUACUUGCUACUUUUGCUUUGGCUGGUGAUGCACCAAUCUCAACUGACUCCAAAGGCAGUCCAUCAUUAAUUGCUAAAUUUGAAAAGACAUCAAAAUCAAAUAUUGAAGGUACUAUCAAAUUCACACCCGCUAAUAACGGUACCGUUUCAGUUAGUGUUGAUUUGAAAGGAUUGCCCUCUGAUAUUGGUCCAUUCCCAUAUCACGUUCAUGAAAAACCAGUGCCAGCAUCUAAGAAUUGUUCUGCUACCGAAAACCAUUUCAAUCCUUACAAUGGAACCGUUAGAGCUGCAACUCCUGCUGCUCAUGAAGUUGGUGAUUUGGCUGGAAAACAUGGAAAUAUUAUGGGCGAGUCCUACAAAACUGAAUAUGACGACUCCUACAUUUCAUUAAACGAAAAAAGCAGAUCUUACAUUGGCGGUUUAUCAAUUGUAAUUCACGCCAACAAUGGUACCAGAUUGAACUGUGCUAAUAUCACUUUGCUUGACGAGGGACACGGCAAUGCUAACACAACUAUGUCAAACUCAUCUUCAUCAUCAUCUCAAAGUGCAGUCAACACUUCUUCUAGUAUGGCUUCUACUGCUCCUCAAGGUAAUGGCGCUGAGAGAGCAGUAGUAAAUGGUCUCUUGGCAGCAGGUGUAGUUGGUGUCAUUGCUGCCUUGAUUUAA